AACAGUAUUUUAUUGUGCGGGUUAACAGUAAUAUCACAUAGUUUUACAAAAGGCUGGUACUGUGGCUACUCUGUUCACUGGCCCCUUACGUUGUUCAUCGCCUUCUUCGUCAUUUCAAGCAUGGUUCAGAAGAAAGACAACGCCUUUCGUUGCUCCAUUCGACUGAUUCCCCCCAAAAAGCCCUCAUUUUCCAACUGUUCAAUGGUCUCUUCUGGGAAUUUGUCCAUCGUUGUAAAGGGCGACGCACUGUUCCAAGACUGUUUCUAGACUGUUUUUAGACCAUUUUCUCUUCUGGGAAAUAAUCAGCCAUAUUUGCAUAUGAAUUCCCUGUUUCUUCCUUUUUCAUUGAUAAGAUUUGGGUGGUUACAAAAUUUCAAUUGGUAACCCUAACCUAUGUCUGUUUUCACUCAGAUUUUAAUUGUGGGUUUUGUUUUUGGGAUGAAGCUCUUCACUGGUUUCUUUGAGCAGAGGUUUUAUUUAAUUGGUGGUGAUAGAAACAAGAGAUUCUUCCGGGUUUUGAAGAUUGAUCGAUCAGAGCCAUCUGAUCUCAAUAUUAGUGAAGACCCAAUGGUUUAUUCACCACAGGAGAUGAAGAACUUGCUUCAAAUGAUUGCUGAAGGCAAUCAUGCCACAGGUGGCUUGACCUUUGUUGGAAAAGCUUACGGGGUUGCAGGUUAAUGUUGGGUUGUUCUUAUUAUGGCACUUAAAGGAUGGAUCCUAUGGAGAUACUCCAAUUGGCUUUGACCAUCGCAGGUUGCAUUAAAUUUUUGGAGCCACCCAUACUUGAUCCUGGUAACGAAGAGGCAUCAAAUUGGAUGUACAUGUGGUCAUGCAAUAUAUGAUAUUGAUGAAA